GAUGGCACGGCACGCUGGCCCCAGGCUCCCCCUGAUCGUGAAGAACCUCAUCCCGAUCCUGAGCAGCGUGUUGGACAACCAGCGGGUCACCACCACUGCCUUCUUUGCAGAGCUCCUUAAUAGCAAUGUGGUGAAUGACCUGAUCCUGCUGGAGACCAUGAUGGAUAACAUGACGGGCAGGCAGAAGGACCCUUGCAUGUUGGUGCGCAUGCUGGCCCUCCGAGGACUGGGCAACAUCUCCUCUGGUGCACCGGAAAAGGUGAGGAAGCACGGGGCCAAGCUUCUGGCCUCCAUGGUCAACGGCAUGGAUGACAAGGAUGAUCCCCACAACCUGGUCGCGCUGGAGGCCAUGUCCAGUCUCUCCAAGCUCCUGGAUCACAUGGAGGAGAGCGACAUCCAGUCCAUGCUCCUCCACGUUGCGAUCAGGAUCCGGCCCUUCUUUGACAGCGAGCAGCCCGACCUCCGCAAGUCGUCCAUUGUGCUCUUUGGCAACCUAACCAAAUUCAGCGAAGGCAACUGCGAAGUCUUCUUCGAGCAGAUCCUCAACGGGCUGGUGACGCUGCUGCUCCACCUCCAGGACCCAAAGCCAGAGGUGGUCAAAGCCUGCAAGUUUGCUCUGCGCAUGUGCGGCCCCAACAUGGGCUGUGAGGGGCUCUGCGACAUGUUCCUGAAUCACCUGCGGGAGGACAGGAGCCUGCACUACGGGGAGUUCAUGAACAACGUCUGCAAACACCUGAUGCAGAGCUACCCAGAGAUGCUGAAUCGCCUCAUUUCAACCAACCUAUUCUACUUCAAGAGCACCUGGGUUGACAUCAGAGCAGCUGCGCCCAUGUUCAUUGGCUUUCUCGUUCUGCACGUGGACGAAGACCACUGUCAGCAAGUGGACCUGGACCAACUCAUUUCCUGUGAGCAGGAGUCGUUCCCCUCCUGCCUCCUGCAUCCUUCCAGGAGCAGCGGGCUCGGAGAGCCGCCGCCUCCGCUGCAGCAGGGGCCGGGGGGGCUGCAGCCGCCCUGCGCUGUGGCCAGGGACUGGUGA